AUGGUCUGGAGAUAUGUGGCUGCUUUGGGGAGCUUUAACAGCUGGAAAGGUGCAGACUCUGAGGCCCUAGGAAGAUUCCUUAUGGGCGAGCUGCAGCGAGGACACCGUAAGUUUGCACGGGGCAGCUGGCUCACGGUGCUGCUGGGUGGGGAGAGCACGCAGGGGUCGCACCAGCUACGCGCGGCUCGGGACAGACGGGCCCAAAGGAGCGGACGGCACGCGUUUCCCCUGCGGUCCCAGUGCUGCGUCCUGAGGGAAGGCUGCCGGGUGCUCCUGCCUGCCUCGUGCUUUCCGCAGGGACGCGUGCGAACAAAGACCGUGAAAAAGGCUGCCCGGGUCAUCAUUGAAAAAUAUUAUACCCGGCUUGGGAAUGACUUCCACACAAACAAGCGGGUGUGUGAGGAGAUUGCCAUCAUCCCCAGCAAGAAACUGCGCAACAAGAUAGCUGGGUACGUCACCCAUCUGAUGAAGCGUAUUCAGAGAGGGCCAGUCAGAGGCAUCUCCAUCAAACUACAAGAAGAAGAGAGAGAGAGGAGGGAUAACUACGUCCCUGAGGUCUCUGCCCUUGAUCAGGAGAUCAUUGAAGUUGAUCCAGACACCAAGGAAAUGCUGAAGCUGCUGGACUUCGGCAGUCUGUCCAACCUGCAGGUUACACAGCCCACAGUGGGAAUGAACUUCAAAACACCAAGAGGAGCUCUCUAAAUCCAUCAUCAUACUGUCACUUUUCCAAUAAACGUGGGAAACCAAGUGUGUUCCCUUGUUCCACUUA